UUCCUGUGACAAUUUAUAUGCUUUAUUUGUCGCGAUCACAGCCAUUCGGUCGCUGCCCGGCAGAUGCCGUCAUGACGCAGGACUUCCAGCGCGUUGACGCGAGGUUACGUUCCACCAAUCAGUGGCAGGUUCCAAAGCCCAGGAAAGGAGCAGAUGAUAUGGCAGCUUUGUGAGCGGCCAGGUGGAACUAGCUUUUGUUUAAUCGGGCUGACAGCGGAACAUGUGUACACUUUAACCCGCAGGACGCAGCGGGGGAUCCGAAGAUGAUAUACCUGAUAUUAAUUUCUGCCUUCUCCGGGGCCAUCGUCACGCUCCUUCUGCAGCUCUUACUGUUGUACCGGAGGAGCCCCGAGCCUAUCGCUAGGACAGUUCAGUAUGUCAAAGCAGUUCCUGAUUCUGCACUGAAGGAUUACUUUAGCAACCAACAAGCCGAAUCGACGCAGCAACAAUCCGAUAUCACAUCGUAUGUCUCCAAACAACCAGAGGCCGCUUCCCCGAAACAGCAAGAGACCACCGUCCCCGGCAGCAGCCCCAAACAGCAGCCGUCCUCGCCACCGCCUUCGCUGAGCGACCCUCGGCACACCUCCAAAGCAGAGACAUGCGAUUUCCUCAAUGCCAUAUUUCUGUUCUUAUUCCGCGAGCUCCGAGACACCCCAGUCAUCAGGCACUGGAUCACCAAAAAGAUCAAGGUAGAGUUUGAGGAGCUCCUCCAGACCAAGACCGCCGGGCGUCUGCUGGAGGGGCUCAGUCUGCGGGAUAUCUCUCUGGGCAACUCGGUGCCCGUCUUCAAAACAGCCAGACUCAUGAAGACAGUGGCUCUCAAUGAAGACAACAUGCCAGAGGAGCUCAAUUUCGAGGUUGACUUAGAAUAUAACGGCGGCUUUCAUCUGGCCAUUGAUGUCGAUUUAGUAUUCGGGAAAUCGGCUUAUCUGUUUGUGAAGAUGACCCGGGUGGCGGGCCGCCUGAAGCUGCAGUUCACCCGCACGCCUUUCACGCACUGGUCCUUCUCCUUCCUGGAGGACCCGCUCAUAGACUUCGAGGUGAAGUCUCAGUUUGAGGGCCGUCCUCUGCCCCAGCUCACCUCCAUCAUAGUCAAUCAGCUCAAGAGAAUUAUCAAGAAGAAGCACACCUUACCAAAUUACAAAAUAAGGUACAAGCCCUUUUUUCCUUUCCAAGUGCAGCCACCGCUGGCGUCAUCAUGUGACCUAGACAUCUCCAUCCGAGAGACACUAUUGGUGGAGGGGCGUCUACGUGUCACACUUGUUGAAUGUAGCAGGUUGUUUAUCCUGGGCUCCUAUGAAAGGGAGACAUAUGUUCACUGCACCUUAGAGCUCAGCUCUGACGAAUGGCGGGAAAAAACUCGCAGCUCCAUCAAAGAGACUGAGGUGAUCAAAGGACCAUCUGGAAGCGUGGGAAUGACGUUCAGGCAUGUCCCAGCCAGUGAUGGUGACACGGUGCAUGUGAGCAUAGAGACUGUCACCCCAAACUCCCCAGCUUCCCUGGCAGACUUACAGAGAGGAGAUCGCCUCAUUGCUAUUGGAGGAGUCAAAGUGACGUCCUCUGUCCAAGUGCCGAAGCUGCUAAAACAAGCUGGAGAAAGAGUGAUAGUCUUAUAUGAGAGGCCAGUCCGGCACCAGGUGCCUACUGUGGGCUUGGGGACACUCCAAGAAACCCUAGGCCCAAUGGAGGAGCCCAGUUAUCUUCAUCAGCCUGGGGGCUACGAGGAGGACCCAGCCCCAAUAACCACCAUGGACAUAUCUGAUAACAGAGACAAUGACUCUGAGUUUGAGGAGCUAAUCGUUGAGUCCAAAUCAACUACAGCUCCAGUCACUGUUGACACUAAGGAGGAUUUCCUGCUCUCUGUAAACCAAAGUCCCAAAAAAACUGUGGCCAACUUGGCCAAGCCCCUUGGUUCCAUCUCACCAAUUCUCAACCGCAGACUGAACCUUCAGUCCCCACUCAAACCCCAGCCCAAAGAAUCACCAAAGGCGCCAACUCUCAAGGCUGCUGAACCUUCUGAACCACCACAGAGACCAACGGUGCCCCCUCCUCCACCACCUGCACGCCCUCCUGUCCCUCCCAGGCCCCAUAUAAAAGUCACAUCUGCCUCCUCAGAAACCCAGAGCCUGUUUGAAGGUAACGAACCUGUGGUGGAAAAAAGUCCAGAGAAAACGCAACCCACUGCUGGCAAUGGUGACAAACCAGUAGAGAAAAUCCCUGUUAAGUCACUAGAGCCGAAGCCUGUGAGCAAGCACCCAGAGCCUGCAGAGGAAAUCCCAAAUAUUCCAGCCACAAACAAGCAAGAUUCAGCCAAAGACAAGAUAUCCGAGAGCUCCUCCAACACUAGGGACAGUGUCGAUGAGCAGGGUCUCUGGGAAUCAUCUGAAACCAUGUACCGCAGCAGAGCUGCCCGCUGGAACAAAGCCUCUGUGAUCUUUGAGGUGGAAAGCCACCACAAAUUCCUUAAUGUAGCACUUUGGUGCAAGGACCCCUUCAAGCUUGGUAGUCUCUUGUGCUUAGGGCACGUCAGCUUGCGGUUGGAACACAUUGCACUGGAAUGCUUAGCUAUGUCAUCUGCUGAAUAUCAGAGCACCUUUCGUCUAUGUGCUCCUGAACCAAGGGCCAGCGUCAGCCGUACUGCUUUGCGUAGCUUGAGCACUCACAAAGGUUUCAACGAGAAACUCUGCUAUGGAGAUGUUACACUCAACUUCACUUACCUUGCAGAUGGGGAGUCAGAUCUCUCCAGUGGACUGGUAGAACGUGAGUGGGAAGGAAGUCUUCAGGGAGAGGACUUAAAAGACCGGGAAAAGGAACGGGAGCAGGUACUCACUGCAACCCGGGUUGAACCAAGUUACAGCGGCAUGCAGUUCGGAGAUAUGCGGCACAAUUUUCAAGACACUCAGUUCCAGAAUCCCACUUAUUGCGAUUAUUGCAAGAAGAAGGUGUGGACCAAGGCUGCCUCGCAGUGCAUGACCUGUUCUUAUGUCUGUCACAAGAAGUGUCAGGAGAAGUGUCUAACAGAGUUCCCUAAUUGCGUAGCUGCCUUAGUCCGACGUGGAGCAGAUCCUGAGACCAAGUCAACCAUCAAUCGGGCAACUACUGGCCUUACACGUCACAUUAUCAACACUAGCUCUCGACUCCUCAAUCUGAGGCAGGUGCCCAAAGCCAGACUGGCAGAACAGGUUGCAGAAAUGGGAUCAGGGGCGGUGGAGCCUUCUCCGAAACAGACACCUAACACAUCUGACAAUGAGAGCAGUGACACAGAGACCUAUACUGGGGCCAGUCCUUCCAAGCAGCCACCUGGUAGCGGUGGCUCCAAACUGGUGCGCAAGGAAGGUGGACUGGAUGACAGUGUCUUCAUUGCCGUCAAAGAGAUUGGUCGAGAUCUUUACCGUGGCCUCCCAACAGAUGAGCGUUCACAGAAACUGGAGUUGAUGUUGGACAAGUUGCAGCAGGAGAUUGACCAGGAGCUGGAGCAUAACAACUCUUUGAGUGUGGAAGAGCGAGAAACGAUUGACUCCCGACGCAAGGCCCUCGUCUCAGCAGCUCUGGCCAAGUCCGGUGAACGACUCCAAGCUUUGACUCUGCUCAUGAUUCACUACCGUGCUGGCAUCGAAGACCUAGAGUCUGUAGAAAGUACCUCACCAACUGAACAGCAUGGCUUACCGAAGACCAAAGUUGAGGGUCUGGAGGAGGCACUGAUGGGCACAGAAGUGUACGACAGUGACAUUUGCAGUCCUGUUGAUGUUCAGAUACUGGAUGAGAUUACAGAGGAGCAGAUCUGUGUAGAGGCAUUACCGUAAAGAUGACAAAAGGCAUCAGGGGCUUGGGAUUCAUGAACAAAGACAUUUUCUCAAGUAUGACUUGGUUGACCUGUGGGUGUUCCACAGGUGAUUGUGAGGUUUGCAAAAGUGUUCCUAAAGAUGUACUGACAAUUGUGGAAUUUUGUGAGAGUGUCAGUAGUUUACCAAUUUUUUUUUUUUUUUUUUUACAUUUUAAAUUUUUUUUAAUAAAUAUUUUCCCACAUCUUUAGUCCUUAGUUACUGUUUUAGUGGACAGAAUCAUCAAUCUGUAGACUUUUGGCAGUAUUACAUCAUACACAGAAUAUGAGUUCCCAUGACAUGAUCAAACCAAGUUUUACCUGCCUUAUCUAAAAGGUGCAGUCAAUUUUUUUACAUAACAAGCUUCAAUGGGGAGAGGUGUGAGCUUGAAGCAAGAUGAGCUUGAAUACAUAUUUUUAUUUUAACUUUGUGUAUUGGUAGAGACUGAAUUAUAUACAUGUAUGCUCUUAGUUACAUCCAUGGUUGGAAAUAUACCCUGUCCAUUGUGUUUUAAGCUUCAAGCCCCUCUGCCUUACACUAUAUAUCCACUACAAAAUGUAGGAUUAUAUCCUGAACAACAGUCCAUAGAACAUGAUGCCAUUCCUAACCAACAUUUUUCUCUCUGAUAAGCACCUUUUGUUGCUAAUUGUUGUUCAUUUUAAAGCAUCAUUUCUUUAAUGUUCAUGUUUUGUUAUUUUUAGAAUGUUUAAUGUUGAAUUGAGGGGGAACCAUUAUAGGACAGAUACUCUUGAAGUUAUUCUACUGGGGACCAUUCUUUGUCUAAUUUAAAUUUGUCACAAAGCCAAUGUGACUUUUUUUCUUUUUUUGAGGGAAGUAUAUUUAUAUUGCAUAUGUAUGUUUCAUAAUAUAUGUUUCCAAUAAUUGUCAUUAUAUAAUCUCACAAUUAAUUUGUUUUGAUCCUUUAUGAGUUCUAAAAUGGUGGCGAUUUUUCUCAAACCAAUUUGGAUACUUUUUUAUCCACCAUCAGUUGGUCCAGGGUGAAUGGUUAUGUAUGUGUGAAUGUGUCAGCCUGUUAGUUUUUGGUUUGAUUUAAGUAUUGGAAUGUGUAAUUUUAUUAUCAUGCAAGCAAACUUUCAGUAUGUCUCACAUCUGUGUGCUUUGGCAUAUAUUGUUGUCAUUGAAAGUUGAUUUUACGUGUACUAAUGAAUUUAUCUCCCAAAUUACUCCCUUUACAUUCAUUAUUCCGUUCGCCUCUCAACACAUCUCUCAAAGUGUAAAACUACAUCAUUAAAAACUCUCUUUUGUCAAUGCAUACAGUAUUCCUUAAUUCCCAAAGCUAAUGUGUAAAUUCAUGAACGGUCUGUAACUUGUCUUCUGGGCUCAAAAGCUGAGUCAAUUGUAGCCUAUGUCUGUGUAUUGCUGGUUAGUUUUCAUUUACUUCAUUCACUUUAAAUGGACUUGGAUUUGAUCAAAGAAAGUCUUUAUUGCUGUUACAACAUGCGGUUUACACAUGAACGGCUGUAAUUGGCUACAUGCAUUACUGGAUCUGCUUUCCUGAUUUAAAGCUUUUUAGUAAAAACAAAUGACUAGGCCUUUAGGUGGCGAGGACAAAACUCCUAAUCCAUGCGUGGCCAACUUUGGUCCUGGAGACCCACAGUCCUGCAGAGUUUUGCUCCAACUCUGAUUAAAAACUGACCUGC